AUGACAUCCUUUGUACCCAUCGACCACUUCACCAAAACUACACUCACAGCUAUUCCCCCUGAUGAGAAACCAAACUACAACAGUCUCAAAAUCAUCCACCAAGAGCUAAAUGCCAAUGCAAUGACAAUCCCAUCCGCCCUCGGAGGAGGACAUUAUGGACACCUUGCAUUGGUGCUACAGCCCAUCACCUACAACGACCUACCAAAUACCAUCCCUUGGGAAAACCCAGAACAUCCAGGUCCAGCCCCAGACCACGGGGUAGCACCAACAGGACCCCAAAUCACCGAAAACAAUCGAGUAUAUGCCGCCAGAGAGCAACGUUUCCUCACCUACAGAGCUACUGAAACAACGCUCCAGAAGCAACUACUGGAAGCAGUUCCAGAUACAUUCACCAAAGCGUUGAAAAAUGAACUCUAUGGAUACGCCCAAGUCACCGUCCGCGCCCUCCUAGAACACCUCGACACCAAGUAUGGCAAAGUAGAUGCCGACGACCUAGUCGAUAACAUCAAGAGAAUGGAUGCAAAUUGGAGCCCCGAUCAACCUAUCGAAGAUCUCUUCAAUCAAGUCAAGGACGCCCAGAAAUUUGCAGCCGACCAUGAUCCUAUUACAGAUAAAAUGGCAGUCCGCGCAGCCAUCGCAAACCUAACCAACAGUGGAGUCUUCACCGACGCCAUGAAAGAUUGGAGGAAGAAAGAAGAAGAAGACCAAGCCUUCACCGACUUAGAGAAGCACUUUACAUCCGCCGAUAAAGAACGACGACGCAUCCUCACUCCCAAACAAGGCUGGUGA